AUGAGCUUAAUAUUAAUAAUAUUUAUAGCCUACCAAAUGGAUGGCGGAGACUCCACACAACUUUGGAAUCCAUUGUUUGAAGCUGAUGUUAGAGGAUCUUUACAGGUUUUUGGCAUAAUCUUCAUCCUAAUUCUCAUUAUUCUCAUUGUGUCCUCAGUGUUAAUGGUCAUAGGAAUUGACAUUUGGAUGAGAGGCUAUAUAUUGCCAUGGCUUAUUACUAUGGGAAUCAUAAUAUUGUUUCAGUUUAUUUUUGGUUUAUGGCUCCUUGGCGGAUACUACAUUUAUUUGGAUGCUACAUUUGCUGCAUUAGUUGACUUCCUGUGGAUGGCAUAUAAUAUUUACUGUUGGCUGUGUGUCCUAUCGCAAUAUCAGAUAAUAUUGGAGAUGCAGUCGCCGAAUAUUGAGAUCUUAGUAGAGUACUAA